AAUUAUUAUCUGAAUUUUAUGUUUGUUUUCAUUCUGAUUUUUCUAAUUCCUCUCAUUUAAAACAAGAAAUUAUUAAAUUUUCUUUUGAAAUUUAAAUAAAAUAGCCAUGGGUUCCAAACGCCCAAAGAACAUAGAACAAAUUACACUUUCCGAUAGUGAUUGUGAAAUUCAAGAAAUUGAUACCAAAUCAAUAACAAUCCCAGAUUCACCCGAAGCCAGUGCAGUCAUCAUCAACAACGACGAAGAACAAGAUGACCACCAAUCGGUUUUGCUGGACACAACAAAUGAAAAUGAGAUUUCCAAAUUCAAUGACGAUCAUUUAGUAUUUGAGGUUAAUUUCAAGAAUGAAGAACUUUUCACUGAAUACAAAGAACUAGUGUUGGAAAGUUUAUGCCGAUCUCUUCAACAUAAGGGUUUUUUACUCGUUGAAGGCGACUCUACAAUUCAAGUUUUUCGAGACUCAACUAAAGCUGAGGUUGAUGGUGAUGAACAAGAAGACACAGGCGCUGGUGACGUAUCAUCAAUUCUGAGUGAAUCCGUUGUAGAAGUUAAAGACGAGUCAAGAGACGUUGGUGAGUUAAAGAAAGAAGGACCUGAAUCCGAAGAAGAUACAAAACCAUCUUCUGAAGAUGACGACAUGGGCAUCGCGGGAUUGUUCAUGGUUGACACUCAACCAGCAGAGAAAGUUGAUGCUGUGCAGAUUCCAUCGUAUAAGCGAACAAUCAAGGAAAUUCUCAACGAAAGUUCGGCUCAGAAGAAAAAGAAGAACGACGAGGACGAGUGCUCGCGUCCGAAGCAAAUGAAGUCUUGCUUCAAUUGCGGUGAACAUGACCAUGAUUUGCGAUCUUGUCCGAAACCUCGCAAUAAUGCAAAAAUUAACAAAGCCAAAAAAAAUAUGAAUUUUAGACGCGAUCGGUAUCAUGUUGAUAUCGAACAACGUUUCGCUCAUCUACGACCCGGACAGGUGAGCAAAUUGCUGAGAGAAGCGUUAGGCAUUCGAGGAGGGGAACUGCCAUUUUUCUUUUACCGCAUGAGAGUAUUGGGAUAUCCACCGGGUUGGCUAGAAGACGCCAGAGUAGCUCAUUCUGGGAUUUCACUUUUUGAUUCGGAGGGUCGGUCUGUGAGAGAUCCAGAAGAAGAAGAAGGCCAAGUAGAUGCUGACAAAAACAAAUAUGACGUUAAUAAAAUAAUUGCAUUUCCAGGAUUCAAUGCAAGUCCUGGUCAAAGUUUCUAUGAUGACUACAAACAUCAUAACGUUCCACCGAUGAAUCGAGAAGACGCUAAAGAAAAGUUCAUUGAAUCGUUAGGUGACAAUGUUGUCAAGGGAUAUAAGCGCAAAAAGCUUAUAGACCUAGGGGAGUGUGAUCCAAUAGAGAAGCCAUCUCUAGAACUCUCAGAAAUGGAUAUCGAUGAUGGAGAGAAUACUUCCAUUGUCAAUGUUGAAUUCACACGUCCUCCGCCGCCACCAUCUCCACCGCAGAAUGCCGAUUCACCAGCACCACCUCCACCGCCACCACCAGUACCCGAACCAGAUUCAACUAAUAAAAUAUUAAAACGAUCGCCCUCACCGACGCUUGAAGAUCUCCAGGAAAAACAAAAGCGACUGCUAAGAGAACUCAUGAACUCGAGUGCCAUAACAAUAUCGGACAAUGAAGACUCUCUGAUUGACGAAGUACUCGAACUGGAAACUGGCCAAACAAGUAAACUUAGUUUCACUUCGACGCCGAAUAAAUCUCAAAAUGAAGUAAAAUUACCAACUGUUCCAAUUGCGGAGAAAGAAGAGAACACUAAUUCGCCGGUGGAGGUUGUUGUGAAUAUUGAUGAAUCACAAACAGAGUCAGAAUCACUCCCUCCACAAACUCCCACCGCCGUCACUAAUACAAUGGAAUCGGUUCUAGGUACACCGCUAUUGAAAUUCUCUCCAUUCGAUAAACUUCCAUGUGGUGAUAAUUUCAAGGUGGGUGUAAGUGACGUGAUUAAUUUUGAAAACCUACCCGAUUCAACGGGUACCUAUGAGAAAAUGAAAGGUGUCAUCAAGAAAGUUCGGACGAUAGUGACUAAGCUUAAUAGUGAAGAUUCUUGAUGAUAUUUUGUCGGAUUAGAGGAAGUGCAUGGCUAGGGGAUAUUUUUCAUACAUUUUUGAGUUUUUACGAAAAAAAAACAAACAUAAAUUGUUUCAAUUUAAAAAGAAAUAUUUAGA